UGCACUAGAGCUACCACAGGAUUUGAUAUAUCACUACAUAACGUGUAGCUAUACUUUCUAUGCAUUGGCCCUGCUUUACUAAGGCCCAGAAAUCAUGGAUCGAAAGAGUAUUUCACAAGAGAGAAUGCGUGCACAUUAUACCCAGCACCAAAGACCACCAUAGGUGUUGUUGUGGGCGGCUCAUAGGCCAACAUGUUGGGCUGACUCCAAGCAUAUCAAUCAUCCAAAACGAAAAGAAUGAAGGCAGACUGGGGCGUAAUGAUGUUCAGUCAGAAAAGUGGUCAAUCGGAAAACAUACACAGCUGAGCCCCACUGACGCCUUUGGCACCAUUGAAUUCCAAGGAGGGGGGCACUCCAAUAAGGCUAUGUAUGUGCGUGUUUCGUUUGACACCAAGCCUGACCUGCUGCUGCAUCUCAUGACAAAAGAGUGGCAGCUAGAACUGCCAAAGCUCCUUAUAUCUGUUCACGGAGGCCUCCAGAACUUUGAGCUCCAGCCAAAACUAAAACAAGUCUUCGGGAAAGGCCUAAUCAAAGCUGCCAUGACAACAGGAGCUUGGAUAUUCACUGGUGGAGUCAACACUGGUGUAAUUCGUCAUGUUGGUGAUGCUUUAAAAGAUCAUGCAUCAAAAUCUAGAGGAAAGAUCUGCACAAUUGGUAUUGCCCCUUGGGGAAUAGUAGAGAAUCAAGAGGACCUUAUUGGCAAAGACGUGGUGCGACCAUAUCAAACCAUGUCUAACCCCAUGAGCAAACUGACAGUACUUAACAGUAUGCACUCGCAUUUCAUUCUUGCUGAUAAUGGGACAACCGGCAAGUAUGGAGCUGAAGUCAAACUAAGGAGGCAACUGGAAAAGCACAUAUCUCUGCAGAAAAUUAAUACAAGAAUUGGUCAAGGAGUUCCGGUGGUGGCUCUUAUUGUGGAAGGUGGGCCGAAUGUGAUAUCGAUUGUCCUGGAAUAUCUUCGUGACAGCCCACCAGUUCCUGUUGUGGUGUGUGAUGGAAGCGGACGUGCAUCUGAUAUCCUUGCCUUUGGUCAUAAAUAUUCAGAAGAAGGAGGCCUUAUCAAUGAAUCAUUAAGAGAUCAACUUCUAGUUACUAUCCAGAAGACCUUCACUUAUACACGAACCCAGGCCCAGCAUCUUUUUAUGAUCCUUAUGGAGUGUAUGAAAAAAAAGGAGCUGAUUACAGUGUUCAGGAUGGGAUCAGAAGGUCAUCAAGAUAUUGAUUUAGCAAUCCUCACAGCCUUGCUUAAAGGUGCCAAUGCCUCUGCUCCUGAUCAACUGAGUCUGGCAUUAGCCUGGAACAGAGUGGACAUUGCUCGGAGUCAGAUCUUCAUUUACGGACAACAGUGGCCGGUGGGGUCCUUGGAGCAAGCAAUGCUAGAUGCACUGGUACUGGAUAGAGUAGAUUUUGUCAAACUACUUAUUGAAAAUGGAGUUAGCAUGCACCGUUUCCUCACCAUCUCUAGAAUGGAAGAGCUGUACAAUACGAGACAUGGGCCAUCAAAUACAUUAUACCAUUUGGUCAGGGAUGUCAAGAAGGGAAAUCUACCUCCAGAUUACAGGAUAAGCAUGAUCGAUAUUGGUCUCGUCAUUGAGUACCUCAUGGGUGGAGCCUAUCGUUGCAAUUACACCAGAAAAAGAUUUCGAACUCUGUAUCAUAAUUUAUUUGGGCCCAAACGACCAAAAGCACUAAAGCUAUUAGGAAUGGAGGAUGAUAUUCCAAUGAGGAGAGGAAGAAAUACUACAAAGAAGAAAGAGGAGGAGGUGGACAUUGAUUUAGAUGAUCCUGAAAUAAGUCAUUUCCCUUUCCCCUUUCAUGAGCUCAUGGUAUGGGCAGUACUAAUGAAAAGACAAAAGAUGGCUUUGUUCUUCUGGCAACAUGGAGAGGAGGCAAUGGCCAAAGCACUAGUGGCUUGCAAGCUCUGCAAAGCAAUGGCACAUGAAGCAUCUGAAAAUGACAUGGUUGAUGACAUUUCACAGGAACUCAAUCACAACUCCAGGGAGUUUGGGCAGCUGGCUGUUGAGUUAUUGGACCAGUCAUACAAGCAGGAUGAGCAGUUGGCAAUGAAACUGUUGACCUACGAGCUAAAGAACUGGAGCAACGCCACAUGCCUGCAGCUUGCUGUAGCAGCCAAGCAUCGGGACUUCAUUGCUCACACAUGCAGCCAAAUGCUUCUGACAGAUAUGUGGAUGGGUAGGCUGCGAAUGCGUAAAAAUUCUGGUCUAAAGGUGAUUCUAGGAAUUCUUCUCCCUCCUUCAAUUCUUAGUUUAGAGUUCAAAAACAAAGAUGAGAUGCCAUAUAUGUCCCAAGCAAAUGAAUUGGAACUGCAAGAAAAGGAAGUGGAAGAACCAGACAAGACUGUAAAGGAGAAAGAAGACGAUGACAUGGAGCUGACGGGAGUGGUGAGGGUGUGGAGUCGCCCACCUGAGGAAUCAAUCCAAGAAAGAAUGGUGGACUUCAAGACAAAAUUAAAUUCUGCAAUGUUGGCACGAGGUAAUGGGGAUUCAUCCAGAAAGAAAGAUGAUGAGGAGCAUCCAAGACACAGGCUUAUACCCCUGGGAAGGAAGAUCUAUGAAUUUUACAAUGCACCUAUAGUUAAAUUCUGGUUUUAUACAAUGGCUUACAUGGGUUAUCUUAUGCUCUUCAAUUAUAUUGUAUUAGUAAAAAUGGACCGCUGGCCCUCAAUGCAGGAGUGGAUUGUUAUUUCUUACAUCUUUACAUUGGGAAUAGAAAAAGUGCGAGAGAUCUUAAUGUCUGAACCAGGGAAGUUGUUACAGAAGUUUAAGGUUUGGCUGCAGGAAUAUUGGAAUGUGACAGAUCUCAUCUCUAUCCUUCUCUUCUCUAUUGGAAUGAUAUUUCGCUUACAAGAGCAACCUUACAGCAGCUACGGGAGAGUGAUAUACUGUGUAAACAUCAUCUACUGGUAUAUACGCUUGCUUGAUAUUUUUGGUGUCAACAAGUAUCUUGGACCAUAUGUUAUGAUGAUUGGCAAAAUGAUGAUCGACAUGAUGUACUUUGUGAUCAUUAUGUUAGUGGUGCUGAUGAGUUUUGGUGUGGCAAGGCAAUCCAUUCUCUUCCCCAAUGAGGAGCCAUCAUGGAAACUGGCAAGGAACAUUUUUUACAUGCCCUACUGGAUGAUCUAUGGUGAAGUGUUUGCUGAUCAGAUAGACCCACCCUGUGGAUACAACGAGACAACAGAAGAUGGCAAAAUAAUACAGCAUCCCCCGUGCAAGACUGGAGCAUGGAUUGUCCCAGCAAUCAUGGCCUGUUACCUCUUAGUUGCUAAUAUUCUUUUGGUAAACCUCUUGAUAGCUGUGUUCAACAACACGUUCUUUGAAGUCAAGUCCAUAUCAAACCAAGUUUGGAAGUUCCAGAGAUACCAGUUGAUAAUGACAUUUCAUGAAAGGCCUGUCUUGCCUCCUCCUUUGAUUAUUUUUAGCCAUUUCACUAUGAUAUGUAAACACUUGUGCUGUCGCUGGAGAAAGAAUGAAAGUGAUCAAGAAGAAAGAGACUAUGGAUUAAAGUUAUUUAUAACAGAAGAUGAACUAAAAAAAGUACAUGAUUUUGAAGAACAGUGUAUUGAAGAGUAUUUCCGAGAAAAAGAUGACCGGUUUAACUCUUCUAAUGAUGAAAGAAUAAGAGUCACAGCAGAAAGAGUGGAAAAUAUGGCUAUGCGCCUCGAAGAGGUCAAUGAAAGGGAACAUUUUAUGAAGGCAUCUCUCCAAACAGUAGAUAUAAGACUUGCUCAGCUUGAGGAGCUGCUGGGAAGAAUGACUACUGCACUAGAAAAAUUUACAGGAGUAGAAAGAGUAGAGAACAAUAAACCAAGGUCUAGAACUUCCUCAGAUUGUACUGAUGCUGCUUAUAUGGUUAGACAGAGCAGCUUUAAUAGUCAAGAAGGGAAUGCCUAUAAAAUGCAUGAAAUUAUAGACCCUGUUGGUGAAGAACCAUUGUCCCCUACAUCACCCACCCUUGUACCUCGAAUGAGGAGUCAGUCUUUUUAUUCGACAAAUAUAAAGGACAAAACUGGGUUAGAAAAAUUUGAUGGUUUCUUUAAGGAAAGAACUUUAAGCCUACACCGUGCUAUAAGCUCCCACUCUAUAUCUAAGGAUAUAAAACCUCCGCCGUCCCCAUUAAACUCUUUGUCCGUAGCUCCAGAGUCAAGGAGGCCUUCUUCUUGCAUAGACAUAUAUGUUUCAACAAUGGAUGAGGCACAGUUUGGCAUAGACUGUGGAGAAAGUUCAAUGAAUGUAGGUUGCAGUGAUCACUUUGCAGAUUCAGCUUUCAUUAGUCGGGGCUGUAGUUCUUCUGGUCAUUGUGGGGAGAGAAGAUGCAGCAGAAAUCCUAGCUAUGAGGAAGGUACAACAACGGACACCCUUGGAAACAUUUCAGAAACCACAAGCUUGCCACGUGGCCAAAAUCCCUGGGAAACAGACCCUCCAAUGUAUCAUACAAUAGAACGCUCUAAAAGCAGUCGUUUUCUAGCUACAUCUCCUUUUAUCCUAGAAGAAACGCCUAUAGUAAAAUCUCAGAGUUUUAUAUUUUCACCCUCUAGAAGUUAUUAUAACAAUCUUGGUGUACCAGUAAAGACUGCAGAAUAUACAAGUAUCACAGACUGUAUAGAUACCAGGUGUGUUGGCAAUACACCCCAAGCAACUGCUGAAAGGUCCACAUCUCCAGGAUGUGUUCGAGAAAAGGUGGAAGACCUUAGCUGCUGCCAUCCGGAGAGAGAGGCUGAGCUUAGUCAUCCCAGCUCAGAGAAUGAGGAUCCUGAUGCAGAUGGGAAAAACAAAUGCACACCUUCCCAAGAAAGUUCAUCAUCAAGAACGAUUUUCAAUAAUUUAUCUUUUCCAAAGAUUGAAAGGGCAAACAGUUACUCUGCAGAGGAACCCAGUACAGCGUAUGGGCACACAAAGAAGAGCUGUUCAAUAAGUGAUAAACUAGACGCACCGCGUACUUCUUCAAGCCUUAGAAAUCCAUUCCAAAGGAGUAAGUCAUCCAGACCUGAAAGCAGAGGAGACUCUUUAUCUAUGCGUCGACUUUCAAGAACGGCAGCCUUUCGUAGUUUUGAAAGCAAACAUAAGUUCUAAAACUAUUUUGUACUAAUUGAAAAGGGAAAAAAAUGUAAGCGUUGCCUACCCACAAUAUUUUCUAUCACCAUACAGUGACCUCACCGUGUGAAUCAUUAAGUGAAAAACCCACCACUGCCACAUGCCAAGCAAUCACUUUACUUUUCCUGUCCAAAAACUAUAUUUAGUAUAAUUUUCAAUACAUAAUGGUCGAGUCUGCAAUAUAAUGUGAUUCACGUGCAUUUUAAAUUGUACAAAUAUUUAAGCCUCUUUUCCAAGGGUUUUUAUGAACGUAUCUCAAUUUCACAAAGCGGUAUAUCUACCUUGAUUCUUGGAGUAUGUUAAGAAAUUUGCACAGCACAGAAGGACUUUAGCAUUGAAGCACAUAUAUAAUGUACUUGAUAUCUCCUGUGUUUGCUCUCUGUUAAAAAGCCUCUAUUGUCCUGUUUAGUGUAUUCCACAACAGGAGAUCUCAGGUCUGAAUCCUGUCCUGCCAACAACACUUCAGUCUUUCAUGUCAGAAGAGCAAACAUGACAACAUAAUUGCAGCAUGAUUAAUGGCCUGCCUGUUCUGUAUUAGCUUCCAGUGCCACACAACUAUUCAAUUUUUUCCAAAACAAAAACAAAAAAAGAAAAUGAAAAAAUGCCUUUUGUAUUGUUAACAGCAUAAAGUUUUAUCUUACAUAUGUAUAUAUCCAAAUAAACUGUCUUUAAUGGGCAUUCUAGCACAGUCAAGCAAGCUCAGGAUGAAUGUAAUUUCAUGGCUUAAUGUAAUAUAUUUAUUUUUUUACCAUGUGUUGUCAAUACAGUUGCCUAAGUAAACGCAUGCUUUAAAAGCAGUGGUGAUAUUAUGACGAUACAUGUUUGUGAGAGGAGUGUGAUAUGCUUAACCUCACUGUUUCGUUUCUGUGAUUUUGUUUUUUUUAUCUAAAUUCUGUGUUCUACGAUCACUGCCAGAGUAGUUAACCUUUAAACCUUCAGAUUCAUUACAUAAAAAAAAUGAAUUGAAAAAUGUGUUUACUUUUUUAAAAUACAUAAAAGUAUUUUGUUUACUGUACUCGGGGCCUGAUUUACAUAGGCAGAGCUUGUAGGCACACACCUUAAGCCCAUCCUUUACCCUUAGGUGCAAAUGACUGACAGUGUUCUCAAAGUUUUCUUUUUCACUCACAAGGUAGAAUAUAUGUAAAUAGUGACAAACCUUACUAGGGGACGAGCUUACUAACAAACCUAUUGCUAAAAAUUACCCUAACUGUACUACAAACUAGGUGGAAGUUUGUCAGUGCACGCAUUUAUAUUAUAAAAAAGGUACCCAAAAUUAAAUCAAAGUGAAGGUUAGUGACUUGGACAUUAACCAUGGAAAGGUAAUUUAUUGUGUGCAUGUGAAUAACAAUUUUGUAAUAUAUUUAUGGCAAUGCAAACUACCAGAACAAGUAAAUAAGCAAUGUGUCUCAAUUUAAGCUUUAGUUUCUUCACUUAGACCUUACAAAGUUGCUCGUAUUACAAAAGCGAUGGAUAGAAUGUAAUUAGUUGGGAAAUCACAUAUUUCUUAUAGAUGCCUAGGGGUCAUAUACAAAUGUAAGGCUACUAGAACUAGACAGUGUUUAGUGCACUUGUUUAAACAGGUUGAAUGGGGCAUACAAGUGAGUGUUUUUUACCUACCAUGCCGCCCCCACCACCCUCCACUUAUUCACACUGAGUGCCAUUGCCUUCUAUUACACUAUAUAGAAUAAUAGAUUCUGUCUAUCUAUAGAAGGCAGUUAGUCAUAGGUGUGUGCAAUGGGUGUAGUGGGUGUGCUUGGGCACACCCUAAUCCAGGGGGGGUGCUUUGGUUUACCCUCAUCUCUGCGACCAUCUCUGUCACCAGGUCAGGAAGGUCUGUCUUUGACUUUCUACCCCGGCUGCCAUGUUCCUGUAGUGCCUCGCACUUAGCAUGCUGAGACUUGCAGCCAGUAGGGACGCUAAGAUGUGCAGUAUCUCCCCAGGCUGAGGAGGUGGUAAACUGGGUGGGGGUGUUGCCGAACUCUCCCUUCUAUACACUCACCCUAUGUUCACACUUUAAAUGAAUGGGCUGCUGUGCCGGCAUUUCUGCAAAAAAAGUGCAUAAACCUUUUCAAAAAUGCAGCCGCAAGGAAAUCAAAAAGACCAUGAAAUUUCCCUGCAGUUCCCACACCAGCAGACACGUUGAGUGCUGAGAUGCGUGGGAGGUGAGGGAACCGAUGCAGUACCCGCACCCGCAGCAACACACAUAGGUGUGAACCUAGCCUUGCAUAUGGCUGCUCUGGCUGUUCGAGCAGCUGAAACCAGAUAGGAGGCAGAGCAGAGAUGGCAGCGUUGGAGUCUUCUACUUCCAGUAAUGUGGUAAGUGGCUGAAGGGGGAGGUCUUCCUUAAUCACUGCAGGAAUUUCCUCUAUGCUCCUUCUGUGCUUUUUCAAGCCUUACACGACACAUAAAGAAAUGGAGAACUUCUCCCAGUUCUCCCACUACAUACUGCCCACUGACUGGCUAUCCACACUGCACACUGCUCCUCACUGACUGGCUGUUCUCACCGCAUUUUUGUUAAGUUAAGAAAAACAAAAGUGUUUGUUCACAUUGA